GGGGCCAGCUUGAGAGCGGCGCUUCCCCAGACUACUGCCCUGACCUGCUGGGAGCUGUCUCUUCUGCCUGAAUGUUCAUUCACGCUUCCCGGGGCCAUGGUCCUGCGGGCCGGGACUCACGCCUGACUCAUGCCGUCUGCCCCUGAGCUCCACCCCUCAGCCCAGGCCUCGGCAUGGCGUCCUCAGCAAAGCCUCAGGUGCUGCCAGAGGUGGUGCCCGGCUCUGAGGAGGAGCAGAAGGGGAAGCCUCUGGGCUCCUGGGGCUCUCUUUUUGGCCACCGGAGUGAGAAGGUUGUGUUUGCGAAGGGCGGGGCCCCGGAGGAGAGCCUGCUCACCGUCACCCUCACUGAGACUACCGUCAUCGAGUCUGACCUGGGCGUGUGGAGCUCGCGGGCGCUCCUCUACCUCACGCUCUGGUUCUUCCUCAGCUUCUGCACACUCUUCCUCAACAAGUACAUCCUAUCCCUGCUGGAAGGCGAGCCCAGCAUGCUAGGCGCUGUGCAAAUGCUGUCCACCACACUCAUCGGAUGUGUCAAGAUAUUUGUCCCUUGCUGCUUGUAUCAGCACAAGCCCCGGCCCUCGUACCCGCCCAACUUCAUCAUGACCAUGCUCUUCGUGGGCCUGAUGAGGUAA